GUUGAACAGCUGAAGAGGAGGAGGAGGGUGGGGGGUGCAGAGACGAAGGCAGCGAUAGGGAGAGCGUGGAGUGAGUGUGUGUGCAUAGAAAGGAGGCAGAAGAGGGGGGAGCGCGUGUGUGUGUGUGGAAAAAGGAAGCAGAGCCUGUUAACGGCGAACUCGCUGGUUUCCUACCCCUCGAAACAAGCGCCGUGUUACUUUUCAUGUGGACACUAUCAUCGGUAGCAACAAGACGACCAAAGGAAACAGGAGCAGUUUCGAGGGGAGACUAGCUGACGUUAUAGUGCCUUUGAUCGGUUAUUUCGGACGUGAGCAGUCUAUCAGUAAAGUGAAACCGUCUUUUGUUGAAGCAAGUGCUCGCCUGAGUCGUACCGUGCUGGCAGCGGUUUUUUUUCUUUUCUUUUUUUUUUAAACGUGGGAUAAAAAAAGUGUCCCGUGUUCGCCUCGUUUUGUCCCAGUUCUUGGAUUUGGUUCAGCUGGCUUGCAUUUUUCUCCCUCUGCUUUUUGAAGGGUCACCUCGGGCAAGGAUCGCGUUUUCAACUUGUUUGCAGCAGUCUGUGGGACUCCAAGAAUCAGCAGACUGGCGGCUUUUCUGAAAUACUGGGGUUGUUGGUGUGGCCAAAUUUUCCCUGGAUUUGACUGGUAAAUUCAGAAGACUGAAGCCCAGGCUCACAGUCUACCUUUCACGGAGGCCCAGCCGUGAGAGGACUGAGGAAGGCACGUGGCAGAUCAUGACGGCCGACAAAGAAAAGGAAAGGGAGAAGGAGCGGGAUAGAGACAGAGACAGGGACCGGGACAAAAGAGAGGCCGGUAAGUCCCGCCGGCAGGACGGUGAUCGGGGAGACCGUGAAAGCGAGAGCUCCAGGCCCCGACGCAGCUGUACGCUGGAGGGCGGGGCCAAGAACUAUGCAGAGAGCGAACACAGUGAGGAUGAAGACAACGACAAUGGCAGCACUGGUGGAGGCAGCGGUACAGCCGAGGAGGCUGGCAAGAAGGGCAAAAAGAAGAUGCCUAAGAAGAAGUCGCGCUACGAGCGCACAGAAAAUGGAGAAAUAACGUCCUUCAUCACAGAAGAUGAUGUUGUUUACAGACCCGGAGAUUGUGUGUACAUUGAAAGUCGACGGCCCAAUACUCCCUACUUCAUUUGUAGCAUUCAGGAUUUCAAGCUGAGUAAACGGGACCAUCUGCUGAUGAAUGUGAAAUGGUACUACCGCCAGUCAGAGGUGCCCGACUCUGUGUACCAGCACCUGGUGCAGGAUCGCAACAACGAGAAUGACUCUGGUCGGGAGCUUGUCAUCACAGACCCAGUGGUCAGGAGUCGAGAACUCUUCAUCUCUGACUACGUGGACACUUAUCAUGCUGCUGCUCUCAGGGGGAAAUGCAACAUUUCCCAUUUCUCUGACAUUUUUGCUGCCCGGGAGUUCAAAGCCUGCAUCGACUCCUUUUUCUAUAUUCUUGGAUACAACCCAGAGACCAGGCGACUAAACAGCACACAGGGGGAAAUCCGAGUGGGACCCAGUCACCAAGCCAAGCUCCCAGAGCUGCAGCCUUUUCCCUCCCCUGGUGGCCAGGCCGUGACCGAGAAAGAGGAGCUGGUCUGGAUGCCCGGGGUCAACGAUUGUGACCUUCUCAUGUACCUCAGAGCCGCCAGGAGCAUGGCUGCCUUUGCUGGCAUGUGUGACGGAGGCUCAACAGAAGAUGGCUGUCUAGCAGCUUCACGAGAUGACACUACAUUAAACGCACUUAACACUCUUCACGAGAGCAGCUAUGAUGCAGGCAAGGCUCUGCAGCGCCUGGUGAAGAAGCCGGUACCCAAACUGAUAGAGAAGUGCUGGUCUGAGGAUGAAGUGAAGCGCUUCAUUAAAGGGUUGAGACAGUUUGGCAAAAACUUCUUCAGGAUCCGGAAAGAGCUGCUGCCCAACAAAGAAACGGGAGAGCUAAUUACCUUCUACUACUACUGGAAAAAGACACCUGAAGCAGCCAGCUGUCGAGCCCACCGCAGACACCGCCGCCAACCAGUCUUCCGCCGCAUCAAGACGCGAACUGCUUCUACACCGGUCAACACCCCCUCCCGUCCCCCAUCAAGCGAGUUUUUGGACCUCAGCUCAGCCAGUGAAGAUGACUUUGACAGUGAAGACAGCGAACAGGAGCUAAAAGGCUACGCCUGCCGUCACUGUUUCACAACCACCUCCAAGGAUUGGCACCACGGGGGCCGGGAGAACAUCUUGUUGUGCACCGACUGCCGCAUUCACUUCAAGAAGUACGCUGAGCUGCCCCCCAUCGAGAAGCCUGUGGACCCGCCGCCAUUUAUGUUCAAACCUGUCAAAGAGGAAGAGGAUGGACUCAGCGGGAAGCAUAGCAUGAGGACCCGACGGAACCGAGGCUCGAUGUCAACGCUACGUAGUGGUCGUAAGAAACAGACAGCCAGUCCCGAUGGCCGAGCCUCGCCUAGCAACGAGGAUUUGCGCUCCAGUGGGCGGACUUCACCCAGUGCAGCAAGUACAGACAGCACAGACAGCAAGACAGACUCUAUGAAGAAGCCAAGCAAGAAAAUUAAGGAGGAAGUUCCUUCACCUAUGAAGAGUGCCAAACGGCAGAGAGAGAAGGGAGCUUCAGACACAGAGGAGCCGGAGAGGGCCAAUGCCAAAAAGUCCAAGACACAAGAGCUGAGUCGACCAGACUCACCAUCAGAAUGCGAGGGAGAGGGUGAGAGCUCUGAUGGGCGAAGCAUAAAUGAAGAGCUUAGUAGUGAUCCGAAAGACAUUGACCAGGACAACCGGAGCUCUUCCCCAAGCAUCCCCAGCCCUCGUGAUAAUGAGAGCGACUCAGACUCCUCUGCCCAGCAGCAGCAGCUCCUGCAGAGCCAGCAUCCUCCAGUCAUCCAGUGUCAGCCAGGCCCCUCAGCUGCCCCUUUAGUACCCCCACCACCUCCAACCUCAACCCAGUCACACCCCCCACAGGUUUCAUCAGCAGCUGCCUCCACCAGUCUACCUCCUCAGCCUCUGCCCCAGGCCAGCCCAAUGUCUCUUAUACAGUCUGGAGCAUCGCUCCAUCCUCAAAGGCUUCCUUCUCCUCAUUCACCUUUGACUCAGGCUCCACCUCCUGGCACUCCAGUCCCACCUCAGUCUUUACCCAGCUCGCAUCACGGUCCCAUGCCUCCCAUGCCACAUUCACUACAGCCUGGACCUUCCCACAUGCCUCACCCUCACGCCAUGACUCCACAGGGAUUCCCUGUGGGUCCCUCUCAGGUCCCACCCCUACCAGUUUCUGGCCAAUCACAGCAGAGGCCUCACACGCCACCUCCACAGUCCCAGUCAUCCUCUCAAAGUGGAGGCCAGCCUCCCAGAGAGCAGCCAUUGCCGCCUGCACCAAUGUCAAUGCCUCACAUCAAGCCCCCACCAACUACACCCAUCCCUCAGAUAUCCACCUCACAGUCUCACAAACACCAACCUCAUGUGUCAGCACCUCCAUUCCCUCAGAUGCCUUCAAAUCUGCCCCCUCCUCCUGCCCUCAAGCCCCUCAGCUCCUUAUCCAACCAUCAUCCUCCAUCAGCACACCCACCCCCUCUUCAACUCAUGCCUCAGGGGCAGCAGCUUCAGCCACCGCCAGCCCAGCCUCCAGUUCUCACUCAGUCCCAGAGCCUACCGCCUUCAGCCAGCCAUCCUGUUCCUCCGCCUCUGCCACCCUCCGCAGCAGCCUCACACCCCAAUGGGCCACCUCAACCACCUUUCUCCUCUCAUCCGUUCAGUACAGUUCUACCUCCAACUGGCCCACCCCCACCUUCAUCAAGCUCUAUGCCUGGCUUACAGCCUCCAUCUUCUUCUGCUCCAUCCUCCUCCAUCUCCAUGCCACUCCCUGCCUCAGUCACUUGUGCUGGUCCAGGCCAAGUUGUCCCACCCGUACACAUCAAAGAAGAGCCUCUGGAUGAGCCAGAAGAGCCUGAGAGUCCACCACCCCCGCAGAGAAGCCCCUCCCCAGCACCUACUGUCGUCAAUACGCCCAGCCAUGCCAGCCAGUCAGCACGGUUCUACAAGCACCUGGACCGGGGUUACAACUCGUGUGCUAGGACAGAUUUCUACUUCACUCCACUGGCUUCAUCUAAACUGGCCAAGAAGCGAGAGGAAGCCUUGGAGAAAGCCAAAAGAGAAGCAGAACAAAAAGCAAGGGAGGAGAGAGAGGAAAGAGAGAGGGAGAGGGAAAAAGAGCGGGAAAGAGAGCGGGAACGAGAGAAAGAGGUGGAGCGGGCCGCGAAAGCAUCCAGCUCCUCUCAUGAAAGCAGAAUGGGUGAACCUCAGAUGGCUGGCCCCGCUCAUAUGCGUCCAACCUUCGACGGUCCUCCAACUACGAUUGCAGCUGUGCCUCCAUACAUCGGCCCUGACACACCUGCCCUACGCACCCUCAGCGAGUAUGCCAGACCCCAUGUCAUGUCGCCCACCAAUAGAAACCACCCCUUCUUCGUGUCCCUAAACCCUGCGGACCCUCUGCUGGCCUAUCACAUGCCCAGCCUGUACAACGCUGACCCGGCCAUGCGGGAACGUGAGCUGCGAGAGCGAGAGAUGCGCGAAAGGGAGAUACGCGAGAGAGAGCUAAGAGAAAGGAUGAAACCAGGUUUCGAAGUCAAACCUCCAGAGAUGGACACACUCCACCCUUCCACAAAUCCCAUGGAGCACUUUGCCAGGCAUGGGGCCAUCACUUUGCCCCCCAUGCCCAGCCCUCACCCGUUCGCCUCCUUUCAUCCGGGCCUGAAUCCACUGGAGCGUGAUCGACUGGCCCUUGCAGGGCCCCAGCUUCGGCCAGAAAUGAGCUACCCAGAAAGGUUGGCUGCAGAGAGACUCCAUGCUGAGAGGAUGGCCACAGUGGCCAACGACCCCAUCGCCCGCCUGCAGAUGUUCAAUGUCACGCCGCACCAUCACCAGCAUUCGCACAUUCACUCCCAUCUCCACCUCCACCAGCAAGAUCCCCUACACCAAGGUUCUGGGGCACAUCCACUGGCAGUAGAUCCCCUGGCAGCUGGACCUCAUCUGGCCCGCUUCCCUUACCCACCCGGCACCAUCCCCAACCCUCUCCUUGGCCAGCCACCCCAUGAACACGAGAUGCUACGCCACCCAGUCUUCGGUACUCCAUACCCUCGGGACCUACCAGGAGGUCUACCACCACCUAUGUCGGCAGCCCACCAGCUGCAGGCCAUGCACGCCCAGUCGGCAGAGCUCCAGAGACUGGCAAUGGAGCAGCAGUGGCUCCACGGACACCAUCACAUGCACGGAGGACCGCUACCUGGUCAGGAGGAUUACUACAGCCGGCUGAAGAAGGAAAGUGACAAGCAGCUGUAACCAGCCAGGGGAGGCAGCGACUGACGGGUGCAGGUCACAGGAAGUUGUUACAGAGCGGUCUUGCAGAAGCUCGUUAUGGACCUUAAAAACACAUUCAGUUCUAAAGAACAGAAAAGACCAAGUGGAUCAUCUGAGAAUUUUUUCUUCUUUUUUUUCUUCUUUUUUUUCCUUUAAGACAUUGACCCUUUUUUUUUUUCUUCUUCUUUUUUUCUUUCUUUUUUCUUUUCUUUUUUCUUUUUUUUUGGUAUAUCGCCAGUAGUGACAUCCUCAAGACUCUUGCAUGACAAGCUUCCCUGACGUUUUUUGUAGGUGCUAGAACAUGACACUGUGCUUAUCAAAAAAAAAAGGAAAAAAAAAAGACAAAACCGAUCAGACCAUUUAUGGAAAAAUAACAAGUGCUAUCUUAAAUUCAACAUUUAUUUUAAUACAUUGUUGGAGGUUUUUCAUAAUUUUAAGAAAAGCUACAGCAUGGCAUUUUUGAGUCUGUAAAUAGUAUAUAUAAACAUAUAAUUAUUAUUAUAAUUAUUAUUCUAGAUGUGGACUCCAAACCAAGUUGUUUCAGCCUCCAAUAUAAUUGUUUGAAGCAUUAUCCCUUGUUUCAGAGGGGAGCACCAUGGCAUUAUAUGAGCAGUUUCUGAGAGUUGCAGUUCAGUUGUGACAUCACUGUGUUAGAUUUAGUCCCACAUACACUACUGUAUGUAAACCAUUUCCCUAUCACACCAUCCACAUGCAUUCAUCACCUGUGACACGGAACAGUUUGUCAAAAUGUGUCAACUCAACAUGUUGAGUUACUGAUUGGAAACACUUGAAGAGGUGACACAAGCCACUGACGCUUCAGUGGAGUGCACACUGAGGUCGCGGAUCAAAAUGAAAAAGAAAACUUUGCACUGAAGGAGCAUCCUGAGCUCUACUCACCUGGUUUUACCCUUUUAACUAGUAUGUAAGUCAACAAAAGAGCGGUUCUUAUCGCUGUCUGCCAUUUUUACCAAACAAAUCAUUUUCAUUCUGAUUUUAUAAUUUGCAGACACCUUUUUUGGCUGAACUGAAGAAAUUUGCAGUUUAAUAUAUAUUUUAAAUAAUCAAGACCUGAAUUUAAACAUUGUUUACUGGUAGCAGAGCCGAGCAGGCUUUAGGAUUGUUUUUUAAGUGUGAAUGGUGGUCAGCCGGUGAGAGUUGGUCUUCUGGAGUCCCUUUUCCCCUCCUGGUCAUCCGUGUUUGUUGCAGGACUCGUAUCUGACUGAGUUGUCCUCCAACUAGGCUGUAAUAAUGUUCACUGUGACACUAGAGGAGGCCUGCUGACACCUGACCACUGGGAAGUCUAGGGACAAGGAUUUGGUCUGUUUGUGCAUUCCUUAAUGUUUUCCUAUGCUUUGGUUCCGUUUGGAAACACAUGACCUCCUGGGGCUUAGGAGUGGUGUGUUUUUGUGUGCCACUGACUGUUACUCAUAGCGUUGACGUGUCAUACCAGUGGAUGUGAGCCCAUGUUAUUAUUUUUGUUUUUUCCUGGUCUGCAGCCAUGAUAUGAGUUCUGCAUUUGUUCCAUGCACUAAGACUGUUUGACUGUCAUGGACAUUUAAUGAAAGCAGUGGCUUUUGUUAUAUAUAUAUAUAUAUAUAUAUUUUUUUUUUUAUUAUUAUUUUAUUUUAACCAGUUGAAGAAACUGUACUUGCAUUUAAAGGUGACCAUAUCGUCCCAUGGAGCACUAUAUCUACAUCUAAACGCCUGCAAACUUCAAAUUCCUGCCCCCUUAUGAAUAAGUCUUUAAAGCCCUGACAACAGCCUGUCACUCUGUGUCGCCAUCUCCCACCAAUUGCCGUCUCCUGACAACGUACUCUUCAUUGUCGUCGUCCUUUGCCUCAUUUCCUGACGAUUCCCUCGCCUUUUAUUCCCUCUUUUUGUGUCUCCAAACCUUUGAUGUUAAGUGUUGUCAAUGGUUUAGCUUCUUGUUUCAAAGCGGCAAUAGCAGAAUGUAAAUUCUGACUGCUAAGAUUUAUAUAUAUACUGGUAUCUUGAAGCUUAUUGUAUAUAUGAGUAGUUGCCAUGGGAUGACACAAUGUAAACAAAAAGUAGAAAUAAUAAGAAAAAUUGUGAGUCCUGUGUUCUCUCCAUUUGAGUAUUUUGUAAUUUUUUUGAAAAAUUUGUGGAAUUAAAAUAAACGACUAAGUUACACCACA